AUGGCCAUGGCACAUUCCGAUCGGGACGAAUUCACCGCACUCGAAAAGGAUGCAAGACAUGCCGUCGAAGGGGGAAAAAGUCAGGAGAGUGCUGUUUCUAACAUCUACGAUCAGUGCGAUGAAAAUAAACCAGCCUGCGGCGCGUGCCAGCGACUUUCCUUGACCUGCUGCUACGUCACCGAGUUUGUCUCAUUUAAUUCAGGCGGUUCAUGUCCUCAAGCGCAGCACCGGCCCUCCUUUAAGCAUAACGACAGCGACGACUCCAACGGUUCAGGGAUUGAACAUGAAUCAGAUCUUUGCACGAAUGGAUCCAAGUUCACGGUCCCCCCAAAAGUCACGGUUGCGAUUCGUCAAAUUGAUCUGUCGAUUUCCCAACCUGACAUACUCUACUUCGGCCAUUUUGAGCGCCUAGUACGAGCAAGCCUGCCUUCUUCAGUACGGUUUUUCGAAUUUCACACGUCCGACUGCUCGUUCCUACGGCACGCUGUGCUUUGUCUGGCUGCAUCCCACCUCUCGACACUUGAUGCUCAUUUGGCUUCUCGAUGCCCAGCGGGAGAUCCCAGAAGAUCAGUAACGAGCCCGACUCCAAGUCCGCUGCAUCGUCACCAUGCUCAGCGCUACCACGAUAUCGCUCAGACGUUCAUUCUCGAGAAGAAAUUCCACGACCCAGCUUUAGUCCUCAUUGGCCAAAUCCUUCUUGCCUACUACCAUCAUGCCUCUACCGAUCACCUCAGGUUCCGGCAUGCCGUGUUCGAUACCAUUCAAUUUGUUCGCAAGAAUUACGUCGAGAUUAUGGAGUCUUCCUCGGGCGAGAUGGCUUUGCAAUUGUGGUACCGCUUGUACAACUCUCACCGUCCCUCAAAGUUGCCUGCAGUACCUAUCGACGGUGAAGUUUCGAGCGCGUCUGGGGCCCGUUUGGCUUCUCCUGGCGCGGACGAGCAUCUACACUCUAUGUGCAUUGUCGGAAUGUCCUCCGAUGACCUCAUACAUGAUAUCUUGUUCAGAACUAUGGAACUGAGGAGGCGGAUGGUAGUCGAUCGAUGCACCUCUUCCGUCCUCGGUCUACCUGAGAAAUCGCAAGAACUGGGUGUUCAAGCAUACCGACUCUUAUGUGGGCUGAUGAAUAGGUUGCCCACACCACUGGAAGAGAGCGAGGCUACGUCUAGCUUUGUCCGAGGAGAUCACAUACUCCAAUUACUAGAGAUUCAGGAUCAGCGCCUUGAAGUGUGGAUGUCGAGGGUUGAUGUGGAGCAUACGACACCUCAAAAGCAGGCGUGCCUCAGUCCACCAAGCUUUGACCUGCACGAACUGGCAAACCACAGAAAAGGCAUGGCUCAAUUGUAUUACCUCCUCUGCAGACUUCUCAUUCAAAGUACCAUCAGUCGACUGGCUCCGGAUGGUAUGGCUUUCGAAGAUCCUGCCGACACUCUCACCUCUGUCCUACUGAACGAGGCUCUUCGCCUGGUCGAUACCAUUGAACCGGCACUGUCAAGCUUGGUCGACAUAUAUGCAUUCAGCCUCUCGGAGGUGUUGCUCCAACUUUGCUACGCCUUUCCGUCGGAGCCGGUCUUUGACUACAUAUUCGAUGUGGUCUGGCCUCGCAUGGAAGCAUACGGAAGAGGAUACGAACACUCUCACUUACCUACACAUCUCGCUAAGAGAGUCAUUGCACUGAUCGCGGAGGAAUGGCAGAAUGCGCGGAGAAUCCUCCUUGUGGUGCCAGCUAUACCUGAAGACAGCCCCAAAGCAGUCCUUCUGGAUGUGACUCAACAGAUCGACGUCGUCACUUACGGCUAUGAUACCGAGCAAAGAAAGAAAGUGGCAUCUCCGGCUGAGAAAGUAUUGUCCGGCUCACGUGGAGUACUGUGUAAAUGUGCUCUAUGGGACCCCGCAUUAAGCUAUUCCGCAUUCGGUGAAGAUUACGCCGGUAAGAUGACGGUAUUGGUAUUCUUCCCAAUGUGGUGCGCUAUACGCGAAGACGGUGUUCAAAAGCAGUGUUCAACCUCCUUUCACAAACUUACCUUCAAUUCACACGCUCUCACCUUGUAUGUUCCCGAACUUCAAAUCAAAACUUCAGCCAUGGCAGUAUCAUCGAAAUGGACCAGGCUUCUCUCCGAUGACGCCCUUCCCAGGUCUUCGCAGACAUUGACGGUGAUUGGAGACACUGCAUACGUCUUUGGAGGGGAAGUGAAACCUCGAGAACCGGUGGACUCAGCAGUGUAUCAUGUUUCCGCAAAGCCAGGACAAUCCUUGCAGGACGUCUCAUCAGUUUCGACCGGAGAGACUGCUCCCCAGGCAAGGGUAGGAGCCGCAUCCACGACCCUCGGUUCCAAGAUAUACGUCUUCUCCGGUCGCGGCGGGACUGCGAUGGCUCCGAUCGAAGAGAAAGGCUCCUUUUGGGUUCUUGACACCACUGACAAGACCUGGUCUCAACUGAACCCCCAGGAUACUGGCGCUGCCUACCCUGUUGGCCGCAGCUACUACGCCCUCACGAACGACGGUCAAGAUGCGAUUUUCGUCCACGCAGGAUGCCCCGAAAGAGGCCGGAAGCAGGACCUUUGGGCUUUCAACAUCCGCAGUCGCGAGUGGCAGGAGUUGAGUCCAGCCCCAGGCCCAGAACGUGGAGGUACCUCAAUCACCUACGCCCAGGGUAGAUUAUACCGCAUGAACGGCUUCGAUGGGAAGACCGAGCAAGGCGGCGCGCUGGACGUGUUCGACAUUGCAGGAAAUCAGUGGCAGACCAUUCGUUUCGAGCCAGAUGGGGUCUCGGGACCGACUCCUCGAAGUGUGGCCUGUCUUGUGGCAGUUAGCGUCAAGAAGAAGCCAAGUCUGGUCACCAUGUUUGGAGAGCGCGAUCCCAGUAGCCUAGGCCAUGCAGGUGCCGGCAAGAUGCUUGGAGAUGUCUGGCUGUUUGACAUCGAGUCACAAACGUGGAAGGAAGUCCGUGCAACUGGCGAGACACCUAGUCCGCGCGGCUGGUUCGACGCAGAUGUGUACAACGACACUGGCAUCGUUGUCCACGGAGGGUUGGCGGAAUCAAAUGCCAGACUCGGUGAUCUCUGGCUGCUAGCAUUUGAAUGA